CAUGAGUUGCUACAACACUGGCGCUGCGGAUAAAGCAAAGACGGCUCCAUUAUCGUCCAACUGACAUUCGAAAUACACGCGAUGUAUAGAGAGUGCACAAGUGGCAGCUCUUCGUGAUGUGAUCGUGGGUGUUUUCUGUAACUAAGUAGUACAAAGUUUUGUUUUAGUCAUUAGUUUUUACUAGAAAAAGUAGAUAAAAUGUCGGAGGAGUUAACGCUGAACGUCCUGACCCUCAACUGCUGGGGAAUUCCAUAUGUAUCCAAAAAUCGAGUGAAUCGAAUGAAUGCAAUUGCUGAUAAGCUUAUGAGUGAAGAUUACGACAUUGUUUGUCUUCAAGAAGUAUGGUCUAUUGAUGAUUUUCGACUAAUCAGAGCGAAAACUCAAGAUAAAUUACCAUACUCACACUAUUUUUUUAGUGGAGUGGUUGGAUCUGGCAUUUGUAUAUUUUCCCGAUAUUGUAUCGGAGAUGUAAUGUUCCAUAAAUGGACUUUAAAUGGCUAUGUACAUAAAAUUCACCAUGGAGAUUGGUUUGGAGGCAAAGGAGUUGGGCUGUGUAGAAUACAGGCUCAAAAUGUACAUAUCAACGUUUAUGUAGCUCAUUUACAUGCUGAAUACUGCAGAGAAAACGAUGAAUACAAUGCCCAUCGAGUCAUGCAGGCCUUUGAUACAGCACAAUUCAUUAGAAUGACAAGAGGUGGGGCAGAUGCUGUGAUAUUAGGUGGUGAUCUUAAUACGGAGCCACAAGAUUUAGCUUUUCGAAUAAUUUGUGGAAUAGCUGAAUUAUCAGAUGCUUGCUCAAAAGAUGCUAAUAGUCUUGGGACCAGUGAAUGUGCCAAAAAUAGCUAUACCGAUUUAAGAGUGGCUAGAAAAAUACCCCAGGGCAAGCGGAUUGAUCAUAUAUUGUACUUGGGAUCAAAAAGAUAUAAGGUUGAUGUAAGCGAGUUUUCUCACCCAUUCCCAACAAGAGUACCAGACAAGACUUUUAGUUAUUCUGAUCAUGAGGCUGUCAUGGCAUCUUUUAAAUUCACGAAAGGUUAUCACAAUGCAAAUACUAGUAACGACAUCAAAGAACACCUAAAAGAAGCAAUCAACGUCUGCGAAGCAGCUCUACGUAACGUUCGAAGACAACGUCUAUGGUACUUGAUAGCAAGUUUGAUUCUGAUAAUCCCCUUAGUAUGGUCUAUGGGUCUGGAUUAUCUGAUGACCAAUUUUGAAAGCAGUAUUGGUUUCAAUUUACUGAGGCUCUUUAUUACCUCUGUACUAUGUUAUACUUUGUUCAUGAGUACUAUAUGGAAUAGUCUUGAAAAAAAUGCUUUGAAAGCAGGCUGCAUGGCUAUGGAACUUCACCUCUUGAAAUUACUUAGGAAGAGCCAAAAUGAGUGCCUCAUGUCCAACAUAAACGGGCAAAGGUAACAUUACGUAUGGAUAAAAGAAACUUCAAAGUAAUACGUUCAAUGAGCACGGGAGAUUCCAAACCUGUUUUCACGGUCUAAAUACGACGACAAGGAAAAUUUAAUUUUAAAUAAUUUUUUGGUGCUGCUCAAGCGAUGCUUUAAACUAAUGAAGUUCAAUUUUACAUGUGAUAGGCGUGGCAAAAUUUUCAAUUUUGAACUGCAUUGCUAAAAGUGUAAUAACGAGUGAGUAAUAACUGCAUUCCCUCCUUUAGAAAAAUGUUUAAGAAAACAUUGGCUGGUCCUGACGAAUCGAUAAGUAUAAACAUGAUUGGUCAAUGGUGACGCUGCGGCAAAUUUACAACUAAAAAAAAAACUUAGAAUGAUUGGUUAUAAAAUCGGCGCCGAUAGUUACAGCCAAAUUAGUUAGACAGAUUGAAACAAAAAUUAGGUAAUUAACAUCGCAAUGAUAUUCGAAUGAUUUCAGCUUGUAUUUUAAACCUGAAAAUCGUAAAUACAGAAUAUUCGGAGCGUGCGCAUGGAUCUUGCUAGUUUUAUAAGUCAAUGAAAGAUUUUUCGAGAAAAUCCUAGAAAUCAUUUAUUAUGGGAACUCUUCCGCGUUCCCAAAGUUAGCCUAAAGUUUUUUAGCGUAUUCUUUAAAUACUUCGAGAUUUAUUUCCGUUUCAUAUAUAGAUUGCGAAUCGACGCUUUAUUAUACAAAGCGAAAUUGCGUUUCGCAGUUUUUGAAACUUCUGAUCAUUGAGCUUAGUUAUUAUACGGCAUAUUGUAUUAUGCUCGUUUUUAAUGUAUUUUAUCCGUACGAAUUCUACUUGUGUUCAAACGAUACGUAUAUUAUAGUGUAUUCAAUUGUAAAAAUGAUACUUUCCGUUAAUAAAUUUAUUAUAUUAUUGUUAA